GGAACAGUUAGUUAGAAGAAAGCUUUCCAAAGCGUUUUAUUUGAGAGGAAAGAAAAUCAAACGGAGCCAGGAUCAGGGCAGGUCGGGGACCUGGAUGUGCAUCCACACCCACAAAGGAUGCUCUGAGCUGAGAAACGUCUGCUGAAGUGUCCCCCUCAACGCGGCCAUGGCCUCGGCGACGUCGAGCCCAGGACCCGCGUCUCUGGGCUCGCAGGUUCACGCUGCAGCUGUCAACGGCGAUCGGAGCGCUCUCCUCAAACUCAUCACAGAUCCGUCGCUGCGGGACCGUGAGGACCAGUUUGGCCGGACCCCUUUGAUGUACUGCGUGCUGGCUGACCGACUGGACUGUGCAGAGAUUCUGCUGAAGGCCGGCGCCUCGGUCAACAAGACCGACCACAGCCAGCGCAGCGCUCUGCACCUCGCCGCGCAGAAGGGGAAUGUGCGUAUUCUGAAGCUGCUGCUGUCCAGGCGUGCUAAUUGGCUGCAGAAAGAUUUAGAGGAGAUGACCCCGCUCCACCUGGCCACCCGACACCCAUCCCCAAAAGCCCUCGCCCUGCUGCUCAAACACAUUGGACCCGGAGAGGUUGACACACAGGAAAAGAACAAGCAAACUGCUCUCCAUUGGUCGGCUUUCUAUAACCGACCGGAACACGUUCGCCUUCUGAUCAAGCACGAUUCCAACAUUGGGAUCCCAGACAGCGAGGGCAAGAUCCCUCUGCACUGGGCAGCGCACAGUCAGGAGGCCAGCGCCACACAAACUGUCCGCUGUAUACUGGAAGCAGCUCCCACUGAAUCCCUGUUGAACUGGCAGGACUAUGAGGGCCGGACGCCCCUGCACUUUGCCGUUGCCGACGGUAACGAGGCAGUGGUGGAGGUGCUGACGUCCUACGAGGGCUGUAAUGUGACCGCUUAUGAUAACCUCUUCAGAACACCGCUGCACUGGGCAGCGCUGCUCGGCCAUGCCAGAAUUGUCCACCUACUGUUGGAGAGAAACACAUCGGGCACUAUUCCCUCUGACAGUCAAGGAGCCACUCCUCUGCACUACGGUGCUCAGAGCAACAACGCUGAGACGGUGGGUGUGUUUCUGUCCCACCCGUCUGUGAAGGAUGAACCCGAUCUGGAGGGGAGGACGGCCUUCAUGUGGGCCGCUGGGAAGGGCAGUGAUGAUGUCAUCCGCACCAUGCUGGGCCUCACCCCUCACAUUGACAUCAACAUGGCCGACAAGUAUGGAGGCACCGCGCUCCAUGCGGCCUCCCUGUCAGGCCAUGUGAGCACAGUGAAGCUUCUGUUGGAGAGGGGAGCCAUGGUCGAUUCUCUGGAUGUGAUGAAACACACGCCGCUGUUUCGAGCUUGCGAGAUGGGACACAGAGAUGUCAUACUCACACUAAUCAAAGGUUCUGCACGUGUGGACCUGGUGGACGUUGAUGGUCACACUGCUCUGCAUUGGGCCGCUCUGGGAGGAAACGCUGAGGUCUGUCAAAUAUUGAUGGAGAAUGGGAUCAGUCCCAAUGUCCAGGACCAGGCGGGACGGACUCCUCUGCAGUGCGCUGCUUAUGGCGGCUACAUCACCUGCAUGGCUGUUCUCAUGGAGACCGAUGCGGAUCCAAACAUACAGGACAAGGAGGGGCGGACUGCUCUCCACUGGUCUUGUAACAAUGGCUACCUGGACGCUGUGAAACUGCUGCUGAGCUACAAUGCCUUUCCUAAUCACAUGGAGCACACUGAAGAGAGGUACACCCCUCUGGACUACGCUCUGCUGGGGGGCCACAGUGAGGUGACUCAGUUCAUGCUGGAGCACGGAGCUCUGUCCAUCGCAGCCAUCCAGGACAUCGCUGCUGCCUCCAUCCAGUCCGUCUACAAGGGCUACACCGUCCGCAAGGCCUUCAGGGAGAGAAAGCAGCUCCUCGUGAGGCACGAGCAGCUGCGCAAGGAUGCAGCGAAGAAACGAGGGGAAGAACAGCGAAGGAGAAAAGCUGUGCAGCCAGCCUCUCUGGCCACUGCAGAGAAACGGAGGGUCCCUGUGGUGAGAACCGAGCAGGAAAAGCUCUCCUUGGGGAACAUUAUAGAGGACUUAUCCUUGAAUGACUCGGUGGGGGAAACCAAGAAAUCAGCCAAAGCUGAACGCGCCAAGAGCAAAGAGGAGAGACUCAAAGCCCACAAGAGCAGAUCCUCCAGAAGAAGUAAAGCAGUUGAAACACAUGAGGUUCCGGACGACGCUCCGGACCGCCGCUGUCAUGUGACCGGUGACGACACUGUGCCCGGUGCUCUCCAGACCACCAGGCUGAAAGAACUUCUCUCUCCUGCCAGUUGCAGCCGGCCACCCAGCCUCAAACCAGGACCCCCCUCUAUGCCCAAAGUCAGGGAACGACCUUCCUCAAACACAUGUGUUGCAAUGACAGACACCACUGACACUAUUACCAGAGAAUGCAUCCCUCUAAAGAAGAGAGACGCUCACAUGGCGGCCCCCGGCCAGACUGAUGCUCCCACCGCUCCACAAAAGCACAGAAACCAUAAGGAGCCGACUUCAGAAAAGGCCGCCAAAGACGUAACUUACAUUCCCUCAUUAAGAAGCAGUUCAUCUUUAGACCACAAAAGCCCCCUAAGAAAGACUCAGUCUGCCACACAUGCACCCAACUUGACACGCACGCACAGGGAACACAACAAAGAGCAGCGCAGGCGGAGGAAUGAGGCUGCACGCAUCAUCCAGAGAGCUUGGCGAAGGUUCCACACACGCACAAGGAAAGAGGGACAGAGCCCCGAGAAGGUGGAGUCAAAUUAUUCAAACCACGCCCACACCAGGAAGAAGAUGGAAAUCCAAGGUCAAUCCAACAAACUGUCGGCGGGUAAAGGCUCAGUGCUACAAAGUAUCUAUGGCAACAAGAUGGCCAGACGGGGACGUUCUCUCCGGGACUCUCAGUCUCAGCUGCUGCUGGACACGUCUCUACGCACACAGAGCCAGUUGAGCAGUAUGGACGGUGUGCACCUGACUGACGCUGUAAAUCAAGCCAAGCAGUACUCUUACCACCUGAGACCACAUAGUGCUGGACAGGGGACCAGAGGCCGGGGGAAAAACUGAACACACACACACACACACACACACACAUUUUCUCAGCUGGCUAGCGGCCUUACCUCUAUAGAAUUACUUUACACAUUGUUGGCUCAAUGUGCCAAGCUUUCUAAAAUCAAGCCAUAUGACAUCAGAGCCAUGACCUCACAGGGUGAGGGUUAAGUCUACAGAAACGGCGUGUGUAAAAGAUAACCUUUCAUCCAUUGUGGACGCAGCACAUACACACAUCUCCCUCGUUCUCUAUUGCUCUCGCACACACACUGCGAUAACCUUUCCUCCUGUUCUGGAGAAUGAGGCAGUCUAUCAACAGCCGGUCAUACAGAUAGCCCACCUGCAGCCACGGACACACACAGCUACUCUCUCCACAACAGGCUGGUCUCUAAGUGCUUUCCGUAUCGAGAGAAAGCUGUAUUUCUUAACUAUGCAGUUUGCAUUUACUUAAAUAUGCAUUUGCACAAAAAUAAUCAAUUCAUCUUGUGCAAUUUUAGAUGUGCCUGAAUGUUUUUUAUUUGUAUUGUAUUAUAAGAAAUAUAAUAAAACAAAUGGACCCAAAACACAGCA